UCCCUCUGCGCUGUUGUUGGUUUCGCCCCGCGCGGACCAUAGCGACGGAGGGCGCGCCGAAGGAAGAUGGCGGCGCUGGCUCGUUCGUUGCUGCCGGCUUCGUGAGCGCGGCGCUCGCUCUUCCCCCUGUUCCGUCCUCGCUCCCGCACCCGGCUCCUCCCGGCUGCUCUCAGCCUCUUCCUUCUCGCCGGGGCCGUAGAGAUCAUGUCGGACUCGGAGGAGGAGGAGAGUCCGGACCACCAGCUCAAGCUGGUGGUGCUGGGGGACGGCACCACUGGCAAGACAUCCUUAGCUACACGUUUUGCUCAAGAAAAGUUUGGAAAACAGUACAAACAAACCAUAGGACUGGACUUCUUCUUGAGAAGGAUAUUAUUACCAGGAAAUUUGAAUGUUACUCUUCAAGUGUGGGAUGUAGGGGGACAAACGAUAGGAGGCAAAAUGCUGGAUAAAUAUAUUUAUGGAGCUCAGGGUAUUCUCUUGGUUUAUGAUAUUACCAAUGGCCAGAGUUUUGAAAAUUUGGAAGACUGGUACAAUGUGGUAAAAAAAGUGAAUGAAGAAUCAGAAAAACAGCCACUUGUGGCCUUGGUUGGAAAUAAAAUUGACUUGGAGCAUAUUCGCACAGUGAAAGCUGACAAGCACCAGCGAUUUUGUCUGGAAAACAAUCUCAGUAGCCAUUUUGUGUCAGCCAAGACAGGAGAUUCUGUCUUCCUGUGUUUUCAGAGAAUUGCUGCUGAUAUACUCGGAAUCAAAUUAAACAAAGCAGAAUUGGAACAAUCACAGAGGGUGGUGAAGGCAGAUAUUGUCAACUACAGUCAGGAGCCUGUGCCCAGAACCGUUAAUCCUCCCAGAAGCUCGAUGUGUGCAGUUCAGUGACCACGCUGUUCUCCUCUGGUUUGAUACCUUUGCAGUCCUCCUGCCUCCAAGCAGGCCCUGGGGUCACCAGGGGCUUUGCUUUAACAGGGAGCAGCACAACAAUGCAAUUAGAGGUUUCAGAAACGUUGCACCAUUGUCCAUUCAGAAGCAGCAGACAGUUUUUUGACUGGCUGAAAUUCAAACAUGAGAAAAGUGACCAAACAUGAGAAAUAUUAAGGUCUAUAUUCUUUUAAAUUCUAUUUAAAUGAAACUGUAUAACUGUGUUUAUGUUUCCUCCUCUCUGACUGACACCAGAAUAAAAAUGGAUGAGGAAGCCCUGCAUUCAAAAUGCUUUUGAAGACAUCACCGUGGAAGGGAAUUUUGCCAAAGCAUUUUAAAGUUUUUUUUCUCCAGUCAUUUGAACAAAUACUCAGCAAAAUGUUACUUGGAAAAGCUGUUGUUGGAAUAAUUUUAAACACAUAAUAUAUAUUUUAUCUAGGGAUAAUUUUGAAAGUGUUCCAUUAAUAUAUAUACACUUAGCACAAAAUGUAUAAAUUGUAUUCAGUGAGAAACAGUCCUUGAAAUAAAGCUGUUAUUAUAAAAAUAGUUACUUUUCUGAAGUCUCAAAUUGCCUCCAUGGAUGCUCUAAGAAAUGCUAGUGUUUUUGUGUAUUUUUAUUACCACAUCAGCAUUACUUCUUGCAGUAACAGAUAGGCUUAUAUGUCUUUAUAAAUAUGGAUGAAUCUCAGUCAACAGUUUGGUCUGUAAAUGAUGAGUGAUAUAUUCAACAUGCAUUAGAAACUGUUGAUAGAUCAAUUAGCAUCAGUCACUUUAAAUAUCUAACAGAAUGACUUUUGGCCUUGUACUCUUUUCUUUUGAAUUUAGAGUAAAUAACAAAUAAAAAGCUGUGUGCUCUGUGAUCUUCAUACUUCUCCCCUGUUGCUUUUCUAGCAGUGCACACAGUUCUUUGCUGGCACACCUGAACAGAAAGCUAAGGAAAGAAAAAAAAAUUAAGCUGUUUAAAUUCCCAAACUAGAAAUCUUUUCCUAUUUAAACUCUAGAAUGUGCUUUCUAAUAACUACAAGGAAACAUUUGAGAUUCAGAAAGUAAUGAGGUUAUGGAGGAAGCUUGUAUAUCACAAGUGAAAAUUAUUAGGUUCUUCAAGUGAACGUUGCUAUUAAGCUGUUCAAGCAAGUGCUUAUUAGUUGGAACAAUUAAACAAUUAGUAGUUUAACAAAAUAGCUAAAUUAUUUUAACUAUGUUAAAAAAGGAUUGCAGAUGGCAAAAAAUCCUAUUUAUUAGCUUAACACAUAGUUAUAUAACUCUCUGAUAUGGCCUAGUGUGUAUUGUUUAGCAUUUGGAUGUGGGAAAUUCUAAGAAGUUGAGAUACUGAGAAACUGUGCUACACUAAGGUAGGUGUGAUUUGCAGUAAAUCAUUUAUUCUAGUCUGUGUCUUGCUCCUUCCCAUGGGGUUCGUGUCCCACUGCAUUGCUUUACUGUAUGGUUAACUGCAGCUGUAAGGAGAACUCCCUUCCACUACCACCAGAUGAGAACUCUUUUUCAGAGUUUUUCUCAAGUAGUUAUUCAGUUCACAAGGUUAUGGAAAGGCAGGUGGAAAGUUUUUUUUAAAUCUUUACAUUUCUUGGUGUGUUUGUGGCCUCAAAUCUUCAAAUAUUGACAAGAACUUCCCCCUCUGAGAAGCUGAGCACAACGUGGCUCAGGCAGGUGGCUAUGGUUUUUCUCUAGUCCAUGUGUAUCAUCUUCGUGGUCCCUCUUCCAAAGUAAUUUGUAGCAUGGUCUUAAACACCUAGUUAUUUAAGUUUUUCUCUUUUGAAAACUUCUGUAUUUUUACUUUUCAAAAGAAUGUGCUUUUUCAUAACUUCAUAUGCAGAGUCCAUUAUUACCUUGAAUAAUAAAAAAUUUUUGUUCUUA